CACACCCUGCUGAAUAGAAGAAGAAAAAGAACAAAAGUCCUACCCUCCCCCCUCUAGGGGUUGGCUCAAGUGGUAAAGGCCUUGGUCUUGGUGAUUUGCUUCGUCUAGGUCUAGGGUUUGAACCCUUGGGUGCAAACAAUUAUUAUGGACGUGUUACACGGCUUUGGGGGUCUAAUCGGGUAAAAUACAUGUUGCCUUUGCUUGGUCUCCUCAUCAUCAGAAAAAACAUUAGCGAGAUAAAUCAUUGCCAAAAUGCCUUUUUACUUCAAUAACUUUUGAAGGAUUUGAGUUUCAUUGGCUCAAUCGUGCCCAAGAAUCAGAAAAAAUGAGAAGUUUUAUUUCAGACAUUGUUCUUCCAAGAGAAGCCUGGGCCAAUUUGUUGUCCUAAAACCUGAUUUGACCAUAUGUAAUUAACUUGUCUAAGAAAAUAGAUUAAUAAUAAUUUCCAUUACUUCAAGAGAGAGAAAACCCUAAGGCUAACCCCGCCGUCACCCUUCAGUUAAGGCACUGACCGGCGUCAUCGUUCACCUAAGACACCCCACCACCGCCACAGACAAGGCCAACGGACUCGGGCGUCUUUGUUGAGGGCACUACCGGCGUCGGUCCUCCCUUUGGCGACCUGGAAUUUCUCAAAUUUCUCAGAGGCGUCGUCGACCGUCAUACCUGUGCUGUGCCUCCACGAUACAGACAAGACCGACUGGCUCCGGCAACUCCUUUGAGGGCACUCCGACGUCGGUCCUCCCUCUGGCGACGAGAUUCAGAAUCGUCAAGGAGAUCUCUUGGGCCGUCGUCUGUCAGAUCUGUGCCUCCACCACCACAGACAAUACCAUCGGGCUCAGGCGACUCCUUUGAGGGCACUUCUGCAUUGGUCCUCCCUCCGGCAAUUGGAUUUUCUCAGGAAACCACUCCAUUGAUUUCGCCGGCGCAAAAUGUUUUGGGAGAUGAUGCCGCAGAUGACGAAAUGAGAGGAAGCUUGAUGUUUUGGGAGAUGAUGUUGUGAUUUGGGACCAGAGGAUGAUGACGCGUGAUAUAGUUUCGUUUCAGAUGGAAGGUGAGAGGUGGUUGAAGGUAGAAUAAAAUCAUUCGUUUUUACGAAAGAGGGAGGAAAUAGCUUUCGCAUCUUUGAACGUAGUAAAAUGAUAUCUAAGUUCAUGUGCCUAUGUGGGGCGGCAGCUUCAUGGAUUGGUAAGGGGAUAGAGUAUUGUUUAGAACUCAUAUGCUAUGAUGGAUUCUUCAGGGAGUUAAGGAUGGGUAAUGGAGUUCUCAUCAUUGAACAUCAUAUUAACACAAGGGGCAGUUUUCUGCAACUUUCAGAAUUCCGAAAUGGGAAGAGGAAAGGUUUGUUGGUGAUCCCUGAAGGCCUCAAGUGCUCUGGCAGAGGCACUUCAACGCCGUCACAGUUAGGGUCGUCAGAUGCCGGCAUCAUUGUUCAUACCGAUUUUCAGUCUGACUGCCCUCAGUCACCAGUUGCAAUUGGGGUUAGUACCUGUUUCCAAGGUUCACUUUCAAUUGAAGAUGGGGGCUCUUCCAGGAUUUUGAGUACUUUGGAAGAAGCAGACAAGCUUCUUUCAGAAGAUGAAAAUGGGGUAACAGAAGGUAGUGCUCCCUCGACCUGUUCUUUGCCUCAUGAGGGAGUAGUAGAGUCUGACAAAGUGGCACAUAAAGGGUUGUCGAGGGGACCUACAAGCAAUGUUCUCAUUGAUGGAACGACAACACCUAUGCUGGAGGUGAAAGAAACUCUAAUGGUGACAACAACAAUGGAUAGUAACAAUAUAGCUGUUCAGGAGGUUCGGAAUUUGAAUGCAGGAUAUUGUGGGGAGGAAAUUUCGGGUUUGUCGUUAGUGCCUUGUGAGGAGGAACGUCCAGGGUCGGGAGAGCAGUUGGGAAUUGUGUUUGGGGAUAAUGUUAUUCCCUUGGUUUCUCUUCCUCCGACAAACAACAUAGCGAGUUCACCAUCAAAUUGAGUUCUGUACAAGGUUAACGAGAUUGAACAUAUUGUGGGGCUUUCACGGAGGAUGUGAAGACCAAUUUAAAGCACCACUCACUGUGAUAGAGGCUGGCCACGCGCUUGAAAACAAAUCAAGUUUUAAGAAAAGCAGGGAGUUAAAACGUCUUUCUUGGGCAAUCAACUACGACACUAAGGAAGGUAGCUCAAGUCGAGGGAAGAUGAAAGGGAGGGCAUUAUGAAGACGUCCUCGUAGAGGGAGUUUCGGGUGGAGUAUUAGUCUUACCGGGGGUGGGGGUUAGGGGGAGGUGGGUUCUAUUCCAAUUCGGGCUUGAUGUAUUUUGGAUAGAUUUCUAAUUUUCAUGGGCUUUUUGGGUCAUUUGGGGCUAGCUAGUAUGGGCUUGAUGUUUUCUUGUAUACGUCUAGUGUACUUGGUUACUCCUAUUGAU